GACUUCGACCUGUUAGCAGCAAUUUGUUUUUUUUUUCUCUAUCGUUGUCGUUUGGUAAAUUUUAACCAUAGCGUUAAGGUUUUUAUCAUAACGCGUCGCUGUUGUUAAAAACUUGAACAUAGAAUUCCUCACUCUUAAAGAGUGAGAAGUAGUGUUGUACUGUGUGAGCUUUUUGAAGCUGAAGAACACUUGAGGACAUUGAGAGCAUUUAAAAUAAAAGUGCAAGUUACUUAAAUGUUUGCAUUUGUGAAGUGAAAAUUUAAUUAAUUAAUAAACAUAAGUGACACUGAUAAAUCUCUGUUCGAGGAUAGUUUACAUUACAAUUUAGGAUUUUAAAGCAUUUCAAAGAUGGCUCCUAACAUAAUAGGGAGCUCAUUCAUCUUAGCAGAGGCUACGUUGAAUUCUGAUGAUGCAAAUAAUAAUAACAACAACCACACAAACAACAACAAUAAUAACAACAGAAAACGCAACUCUUUAGUAUGCAAUACUGCUAAUAGUACGAUACCCAACACAAAUGAUCGCGUUCCCGGUCUGGGCGAUCCGAUUGUUGCUAAAGAUUACGGAAAUGCCGCCAUUACUGCCACCACUGUUGUCGCCAGCACAAAAAUACAAAAGCCAAAGAAAGAAUAUCGCUUGGAAAUCGUCUGGCGUAAUGUCGUGAUAUUUGCCAUUCUUCAUAUGUUCGGAUUGUAUGGAUUGUAUUUGAUAUUCGCUGAGAAUGCUUAUUUGGCAUACAUGUUUGGUUAUGUCUUUGGAACCUUUGGAGGUUUUGGUAUCACAGCUGGAGCUCACAGACUCUGGUCACACAGAGCCUACAAAGCCAAAUGGCCAAUGAGGUUCUUCUUGAUGAUCUGCCAAUCAAUUGCAUUCCAAAACAGUAUCUACGAAUGGGUGCGUGAUCACAGAGUGCAUCACAAAUUCACUGAUACCAAUGCCGAUCCACAUAAUUCCCGUCGAGGAUUUUUCUUCUCCCACAUGGGUUGGUUGAUGUGCAAGAAGCAUCCCGAUGUCAAAGAAAAGGGAAAACAAAUUGAUAUGAGCGAUUUAGAGGCAGAUCCAAUAGUUAUGUUCCAGAAAAAGUAUUAUUUCUACAUUAUGCCACUGUGUUGCUUCAUCAUGCCCUCAUUGAUUCCGUACUUUUAUUUUGGAUUUUCAAUUAAGGUCUGCUUCUUCACCUGUUCCAUGCUUCGUUACGUUCUUUCUCUGCAUUACACUUGGUUAGUUAACAGUGCUGCUCACUUUUAUGGAAUGAAACCUUACGAUAGUUUCAUCUCAUCAACUAACAAUAAAAUAGUCUCGAUAUUGGCUUAUGGUGAAGGUUGGCAUAACUAUCAUCAUGUUUUCCCCUGGGAUUACAAAGCAGCUGAAUUGGGAACCUACACUUACAAUUGGUCAACAGCUUUAAUUAACUUCUUUGCAAAGUUUGGUCUUGCCUAUGACCUCAAGACCGUCUCAGACGAUAUGAUUCGCAAGAGGGUUCUUCGAACUGGUGAUGGAAGUCAUGUUUACGCCUCACAAGACUUAAAUAACAAUUCAAUGACAGAAGAAAUGAUUCUGAAGCUGAACCAUGACAAUGAAGAGAAUCUCGUUUGGGGAUGGGAUGACACGGAUAUGCGAGAGGAUGACCGUGAAGGAGCGAAUAUAAUUAAGAAAUAUGAUUAAGAGCUAUAAGCUGUGCUAAAACUGCAUUAAAUAAAUGUUGUUUUAUUAAGAUUGUAUAUGUAUAGACGUAAACGUUGUUGUAUAUAUAGGUAGGUGUAGUUUUGAGUAGAAUUAUGAUGGGUUCAAGUUUAUGACUUGGUUAAUUUUUUUUUUUAAAUGGGCGAGUAAUAAUUUAAGCUUGGCGAUUUGUGAUAAAAUCGUCGAAUUUAUUGUUUUAGGCUGUAAUCUUUAUACGACAAUUAU